GGGGGUGAAUGAGAUUGACGAAGAGUUCUUGUUCUGUAUCUCAGUUUUUCUCUUUAUACUCAAAUUAAAUAGUGGGAAAAAUUAUCGGGAAAAUCACAUCAAAUGCAAUGGAGUGUAUUUGGAUAUUAAGUGGAUAAAUACACGCUCUGGGCGUUUUUCGGUGAAGAAGUACUACGGUGUUUGUAAAUAUUUAUUUAAAUAAUUUGUGUGAGAAGAGCAGGGUUGGCUGCUGCUCAAGUGAGUAAAAGAGGAGGCUGCCACCCCCUCAAUGCAAAAUUGGAUGGUGUUCAAAACUGAAGACUGUGUGAAGGCUGAAAGCUGUCCAGGACUGAGCUUCCGACAGAAAGGAUCAAUGAUGGAAUUACAGACCCUCCAAGAGGCCCUGAAAGCGGAAAUACAGGUUCAUCAGAAACUAGUGUCCCAGAUGAAGCAGGAUCCACAGAAUGCUGAUUUGAAGAAGCAGCUCCAUGAACGUCAAGCAACGAUCACAGCACUGAGUGAGAAGCAGAAGAAGGUGGUGGAGCAGCUGAGGAAAGAGCUGCUGGUGAAACAGGAUCAUCCGGAGGUCCAGGCCCAUCAGCAGCCCCAGCACCCAGUGCAGCCUGAUGGGAAGGCCUCUGCCCUGCCUAACCUCCACACCCCACCCUCCCUGCCCUCGCCUGACAAACUGAGCACACCACAGAACACGAUGACGGUCACCCCGGUCAUCGCCACUAAGACUCUACCUCUGGUACUGAAAGCUGCCACCGCUACAACGCCUGCUUCCGCCGUGACGCCGCGACCCUCCGUCGCCAAGGUCACUGCCAUCAGCAACACGCCCAAGGCCAGCAUAGGUCACCCUGACUCACUGAGUGCACCUAUCAACCUUCAGACAUCCAGCAAGUUGACCCAUCAGGGGAUGGAGCUGGUUCGGAUAGUCCCCAAGAACACUAUUGUUGUGCAGGCCACUGCCCAGCCUAUCAAAGUUCCUCAGUUUGUCCCUCCGCCUAGACUGACGCCUCGACCUACCUUUCUAACGCAGGUCCGACCUAAACCAGCCACGCCUACGCCCACUUCUAUGGUGCCCAUCGCCCCUGCGCCCCCUCCUCCCAUGCUGGCUGCUCCUCAGCUCCUCCAGCGGCCUGUCAUGUUGACCACCAAGCUGACCUCCACCUCACUGGCCUCCACCACCGGGCCCAUCCACCAGGUAUGCGUUGUAAACGGCCAGCCCUGCGCCAGCAUCACCAAGACCCUGCCCUCUGCCCAGCUGACUGGCAUCGUCAUCACCUCGCCGGCCACCAUUACAGCCACCCUGGCAACUCAUCAGACCCUUCAGAUCAGAAGCCUCAGCCCUGACACCAAGGCUGUUAAAGUUCGGGGUGUUACAGACCCGAAGACUUUGGCCAGUGCGCCCUCCUCCCCUUCACACACUGCUAGAAGCACCGCUCCACCCCUGCUGAGGAACAAGAGAGAGGACAACCCCCAGAAACUUGCCUUCAUGGUAUCCUUGGGACUUGUGACAUAUGACCAUCUGGAAGAGAUCCAGAGUCGGAGGCAGGAGCGCAAGAGGAGAACGACAGCAAACCCAGUAUACAGUGGAGCAGUGUUUGAGCCUGAGCGUAAGAAGAACGGCGUCACCUACCUGAACACUCCUCUACACCAAGGCACCAGGAAGAGAGGUCGCCCACCCAAAUACAGCAGUGUUCCUGAGCUGGGUCUUCACACCCCAACAUCCCCCACCAGCAGUCAUUCCGCCUCCCCGGCCAACCACCGGCCAGAGAGGGGGGGCUCUCACUUCCCCGUCCACCCCCACACCCUCCCUCUGCCUAGACCCAGCUCCGGGGAUGGAGACAUCCAUGAGGACUUCUGCACUGUGUGCAGGCGCAGUGGUCAGUUGCUCAUGUGUGACACAUGUGCACGUGUUUACCAUCUGGACUGCCUCGCUCCACCCUUGAAAACCAUUCCCAGGGGCAUGUGGAUCUGCCCCAAAUGUCACGACCAGAUUUUGAUGAAAGAUGAGGCAAUCCCAUGGCCUGGAACCCUCGCUAUUGUUCAUUCCUACAUUGCAUAUAAAGCAGCUAAAGAGGAGGAGAAGCAGAAACUGGUGAAGUGGAGUUUGGAACUCAAGCAGGACAGAGAACAGCUAGAACAAAGGGUCAAACAGCUGAGCCAAUCCAUAACGAAAUGCAUGGAGAACAAGAACACUAUCCUGGCCCGUCAGAGGGACAUGCACAACUCCCUGGAGAAGGUCAAGGGCCUGGUGCGUCUCAUUCAGGGUAUCAACUUCUGCCCAUCCCCUGAGGCCUCACCGCCAGCCCUCCAGACCAGCCUGACAAAUGGAGGAACAGACGGUGCCAGUGCUGACCACACGGGCGACACAAGUCCUGAGGAUCACAAGAACAUGACUGACAGUAGCGGUGACGAACUGAACAACAACACAGACGGGGCGACCGAGGAGGAAGGGAAGGAAGAGGACGUUAAAGAGAUGGACAACCUCAACAGCAGCAGCCUUGGCAAAACCUUUGAGCCUCCCCAGACUAUAGCACCGGCCCUUGUGGAUGUAGCAGAGGGGGCCAAAUAACACCCACCCACCCAGUCCAGGGACAGGAACCCCCAAAGAGAGGGAAAGAAAAAGAUAAAGCACCCCAUGAAGUUGCCCAAAGUUGCCAAUCGAUUAACACACACACCGACAUAUAUAUUUUUGGGGUCGUUGUUAUUGUUAGUUUGUGUAUUAUUGGAUUAUCCGAGAGGACAUUAUGAUUAUCAGACGGAGAAAGGGAAAGGGACGAAGGAGGGUGACUUUAUGUACCAGUGGUAUGCCAAUCGAGGUCAAAGAUUAUUAUUCAAGUCUGACGAUGGUGACACUCUUACUCAUAAUAACGAUAUUGUUAAUAGUAAUAAACAUCACACCAAUGUGUGCCUCCAAUAGUCGCCAUAGCGCCUCUUUGUGGGGAUGGUUUCUUAGGGUGUCUUAGUCUGCAGCUUCAGGGGAGAUGGAUCCGAGAUGUCCAAAGAUGAGACCUGCCCGCUCGCCUGAAGAUCCACCACCUACACCACACCAGAAACAAUUGGAUCAACCAAAACACCAUAACAGCCAUUUGGAAUUUAUAAACUACCAGGGGACGAGGUUUUUGUUUGCUGCAGUAUUUGUCAACAGUUUUGAAAAUCACUGAAGUAUUGCCUGAGGGAUCUUAUUAGUCCCAAAUCACACUUUUUGUCUUAUAGGAGCUCCAGCUCACCUCCAUCCAUCUAUCCCACCUGCCCCCAUUACGACCACCAACAACUCUGACAGUACAGCUUAAAGCUACAUCACAGGACAGAUGAUGGAUCAACAUAGGUCAGCCUGACGUUCAAGUUGUAUCCACUGUCGCCUCGGUGCUGCCCAACAGACAGCCGGACAGACCGGCUACAGUGGGAGGAGCCCAGCAUUCAGCUUACGGUCUGUUGUCUUCAGCAGCAUCACAUGGACUCGUUGCAGGCUUCAUUGACAAUGAAGAUGUUUUUCUUUACGAGGUCACCUUUAUCAUGACUUGUUUUGCGUUAUCCAUUGUUGCUGAACCUAGCGUUUCUUUUGUAUUAUUUUGAGAACAUGAUUGACCACUUUGUUGGUUGAUACGUUCGGAGGCAUAGAAGGAAAGCGGCUGCAUCAAUAUUCCAUGUGACUGCAGCUCCAGGCAUGCACGGGGGACUUAGAGACUAUCAGUUCAGAUAUAGUCUGAGAGGGUUUUUUUUGUGUCCGUUUGUCAUGAUCUGUUGCUAAAGGAAACUUAACCAUUUAUUCUGGGGGAAUAUAUUUCUAUUCACGUCUUCCUAGUUUUCAAACAUCAAGAUAUGCUUCUUCAAAAGUGCUUUUCUCUUUCGCAUUACUUUGGUUUCUUAUAAAAAUAUAUUUGAACCGGAAAAUACUAUGUAAAUAGCUUCUUUUUUUUCUUUUUCUUUUUUAGAUGUUCCUUGCAAUUGAAUUUUUAUUCAAUAUGCUCAAUUCAUAACUGCCAAAUGCUAUUGUAUCCAAAUACAACAGGGAAACAGUCCUAUUUUCUUAUAUAAUGUUUUUAAGGUUUCAAUUAGGAGUCCCCGUAGAUUAGGCACAAAUUUAGCAUGGCAGUUACAGAUAUACAAAAGAGAGCGUGGCAAUGACAUUGUACCAUAUGUUGUUUGGGAAAAUGGUCAGGAACGCUAUAGGAAAAGCACAAACUUGUUGGCAAAGAAAACAAACUGGAACCGAACCACAUACCCUCAUCCUGCCAUAAACAUGUCUAAAGUAAAUAUGAACAUUUUGAACGAUUAUAUUUUACACCACCACACUGACAAGUCACUUUUCAUUUGACACUUUUGUACAGUAUGUGUAGCUUUUGUUCAUAACCUGCCGUUUUACAUGUUUAAGUCCUUAAGAGUUGCAAUGCAAUGUCGAUAUAUUAGUUGUGAAACACUUGAGAAAUUAGGGACGUUGAAGGAAUGGGUUGCCGGUAAACAUAUCAUUUCAUCACAGGGCCUACUUGCUGUACUACAUCAGACGGUAUGGGUCCCCCUGGCGGGUCCUUUGUCUAGAGAGUUUGAAGGCUUUUACAGGGCUCUAUAUAUUUCCUCUUGACAUGAAAUGCACCCGAACCAUGGCAAUGUUUUAUGUUUGAAAAUACAUAAACAAAUCAUCAUAAUGCAAUUAACUGGAAAGCACAAAGAGAAGAUGCAAGAUCGGGUUUUUAAUCUAUCGCCAGAUCAAAAGGAGAGCAUUAGUUAAAGGAUAAGUGAUGGCCCAUUCCAGUGUCUUGUGUUGAGGCCACUCUUCCUUUUGGCCUGCGGGUACUUGUCGUUGUGUAGCAAUUGCCUUAAGAAAAUGUUGCGCCUCGUGAACAAACUGUUCGGUGUAUUGUUGGUCUUGUUUGAGUGUCACAAAAAAAAUUCAAUGAAUUGUGGAAAUCUUGUCUAUUUGUGAUGAACCACUUCAGGAAAUCUACUUCUCUUUGCACAGAACUGAGAUGAUAGGCUAAAAUGGGAACCUAUUACAUUUACAUUUACAUUUAAGUCAUUUAGCGGACGCUCUUAUCCAGAGCGACUUACAAAUUGGUGCAUUCACCUUAUGACAUCCAGUGGAACAGCCACUUUACAAUAGUGCAUCUUAAUCUUUUAAGGGGGGUGAGAAGGAUUACUUUAUCCUAUCCUAGGUAUUCCUUAAAGAGGUGGGGUUUCAGGUGUCUCCGGAAGGUGGUGAUUGUAUUUACAAGGGGGUCAGUUGCUCUGAGUCAUGUAAGAGAGUUCCGAUUCGUUUUGACUUGACUUGCCAGUGUAUGAAAAAUAAGGAUUGUGAUUUGAACGACUAUUUGAGUUGUCCCUCCACCAAGUCCCUCAAAUACAAGCAAUUAUCAAAUAUUAUAAUGCACCUUGUGGUUGAACACUCAACGGUGUUAAAUUCUUUAGUUCUCUCCUGACUUGCCAUCUUCAUGGGGCAAGAUGCAAAUGAUAAAAGUGGCAGCAAUGACACAUACUUACCAUGAAAAUGUAUAAUUAGGGCCAGAUUUUUUUUUCUGAAUAUUGUUAAAUAAUUGACAUUCUUCAUCUUAUCUUUUUAUAAUCCUUUUAAUGUGUUUUUAUUGGACCUUUUUUGGUGCAGAAGCUUAGGAAAAUGUGCCUCUAAUGCAAUAGAAAUAAUAAGGAUCUCAGCAAAUACACUCCCCCAUCUGUGCUCAGCAUGAUGAGCCCAACAACAAAACUACAGCUGUCGAAACCUCAACAAACCUAUGCCUACAUAUGCAAAUAGAUUGUAUAGACAUGAUUAUACUUAUAAAAACCAUUCCUACUUUUCAUAUAUAGAACUGAAUUUCACCUUUCCAACCUUGGUAACACUUUACUUUAAGGUGCCUUUCAUAAAAUAUUCACAAGUCGUUCAUAGACUGUUAUUUAGUAGGUUACAGAUUUUAGUUUAUAACCCAUUAUAACGAAUAAGUAACAAAAAAGUAACCAGGGUAUAGGCUACCUUAAUGUAAAGUGUUACAGCAGUAUAUUGAAAGCUACAGCUGUAUCAUUAAAUGUUUAAUGUACUGUAUACUUACCCCAAUGACUCACGUAGGAAAUGAAAUGUCCCUCUCAAUUAGUGACUUUUAUUGGAUCAUAACUUUGAAGGCAAAGUGCUGAAUAUUAUGGGCGAAAUUGUUUUUAUUUUCUGACUUAGGGAGGAAGAUGAGGGGGGGGGGUGGUAUGGCCAACUCAAAUAUUGUCUAGUGCUUUGUGCUGUGAAGGAAAGUAAAUGUCAUGUUGUGGUAAGAAAAAAAAAUAGAAACAAAGUUAAUAUCCAAAGAAUGAUUUUAAAUAAUGUUAAUUUCCAUUUAUGAUCUACACCAGCUAAAUAAUAUUCACAACGAGAGCAACCAAUUAGGAAACCAAUAUUGAUUAGAUUCUCUCAUCUCUGCAUAUCUUGACUAGUUCUGAAAACAGUUAUUCUCAUGCGAAAUCACGUCACAUCUGUGGCCUUCAAGUAUUUUAGUUGCAUUUCAUUGCCAUCAAUAUGGAGACUCCCCCCUUUCUUGUAAACCUCUGUCCCACCUCUUACUUCAUGCACUCGUAUCAUUUCAUUCAUUUAGAAGGCUUUUUUUCUCAAUGUAAAGUAUUCUUCCUCUUUGUUAAGAUGCAUUGUAGCAGAUCAAGCAAGUCAAAGGCACUAAUGUGCUGGAUAUAGUGUAAAUGGUUUAUUGCACAGACUGCAUACUCUCUUGUAAUAUUUGUCGGUUGUAUUUUUUCACAAUUUUUUAAAAGAAGUAUUUGUUUAUUUUUGACUACGGUUUUGUUACCAAUCCUUUUUGUUGCCUGUGAUCCACUGAUUCAUUUGACCUCUUUCCUGUACUUGAGUUAUUUUAUGCAGCUAUUUGUAUGCAGUGUUUGGCAAAUUCCAUUACAGUGUCAGAGUAAGUCAAGAUUCUUUGGAGCAUUCGAUCAAUUUGUAUUUAUUUAUUUGACCAUUUUUAAAUAAAAUUACAAAGUUGUAA